AUGUCGAAGAACCAUAAAUGGGGAGGCAGUGUGUUCAGAAGGUUAGAUCAGCCGCCUCGCUGCACAUCGUCACCUCUCAGCAUGCUGGACGAAGACUAUCUUUAUUUCUAUUAUUAUGAUAACAUCACUGGGAACGACACGUCAGACCACGUGUGUCUCCACCCCGGCCUGCGUGGCUCCCACAUUUUCCUGCCGGUGACGUAUUUCCUGAUAUUCUUCUCUGGAUUCUGGGGCAACGUCUUUGUGAUCGCGGUGGUCUGGAGCAAAGGCAAGAGGGCGGGUCGGCUGGUGGACACCUUUGUGGUGAACCUGGCACUAGCCGACCUGGUCUUCGUCCUCACGCUGCCUCUGUGGGCCAUCUCCGCCGGCCAGAACAACCACUGGGACUUUGGGGCUGCCAGUGACGUCCUGUGCAAGCUGAGCAGCUAUAUCAUCUCCGUGAACCGCUUCUCCAACGUCUUCUUCCUCACCUGCAUGAGCGUCGACCGCUACCUAGCCACGGUGAGAAUGAUGGAUUUGAGGCACCUCAGGAGUAGUCGGUGCGUUCGCAUCACCUGUGCAGCCCUCUGGGUGGUCUCCCUCAUCCUCGGCAUCCCCUUUCUGGUGUACCGAUACCUGGCGCCGUUCGAAGGGGGCCAGGCCUGCCAGGCGGAUGACAGCUCGAUGCUCUUCCUGGGCAGGAAUCUGGCCACGGAGCUCCUCACGUUCGUCCUCCCAGCGCUGAUCAUCCUGCUCUGCUACGGAGCCAUCCUCAAACACCUUUACAGGCACCGCGUGGCUGCAGGGAACGCCAGAGCCGAGGCCCGCCGCAGACACUCAGUGAAGAUGGUCCUCUGCGUCAUGGCAGCGUUCGUGGUGUCCUGGCUGCCCUACAACACCUUCAAGUCCGUCAGGAUCCUUUCACGCCUCUCAGACUUCAGUCUGAGCUGUGAGACCACGGCCUGGCUGAGCCACGGCUUCGUCGUCUCCUGCUGCCUGGCCUUCUUUAACAGCUGCAUGAACCCUGCCAUCUACUUCUUCCUGGACCACCACUUCAGGCUGUGGGCGCGGCUGCUGUUCCGCGGCUGCAUCAGGAAGACGAAGGCGCCGCUGAGCUUCAACGCCGUGGCUUCGUUCACCAGCUCUGCUGCGAGUGGUGAAAGAACACAGCUUCAGACGUUCCUGUGA